AUGGCAGCUAUUACAUCUGCUGGUGAAGCCGUGGCGAGAAUUGCCUACCUGGCAAGCGACGUUGUGCUUUCUGUACAGCCUUCAUUGCAGACAGAUUCCCUGUUCUCCAAGUCUCUCAAGACCUUGAAGUCAAGCAGCACAGCCAGUGCUCUAUCUAGAGAAACACCACGAGUCCAAGCCGUGCGCUUCAACGAAGACCCCCUCCUCUCUACCUUCCACCCUCUUCAGAAUGGCGAGACUGUUUCGGUCGUUACUGGCUCUUCCAUCCUAAUUUCCUCUGUUCCUCACCUAUACCGCCUCGCCAGCUACCCGGUUGUUAUCCAUGUCGCCCUGGAGUCCUCCCCAUCUCCCGACUACUCAGUGAUCAGCUCUAUCCGCCAAUGCGGCUUCACAUUCCUGCACUCCGAGACCGUGCAAGAAGCCCAAGAUAUUGCUCUUACCGCACAUGCCCUGGCACUCAAGUCCGGCAAGGGUGUUAUCCACUUCUUUGACCCCGCCAACUCCGCCAAGGACUCUAGCAUUCCUGCUGAGGAUGUCAAGGUUGUGAAGAAGAUCCUGAACUUGGCUGGCAAUGUUGCUUCUCACAGCACUACCGAAGCUGCCACUUUGUACGCCGACUCCGGCCGUACUGCUACCAUUUCCGCUGAGACGGUGGGCAUUGCCCCUGCCCAGGGCGAUGCCCCGGCUAGCCAACCCACAGCAUCUCAGAGCCAGACUCCGUUCAACGCGAGCGUUGAUAACUCCUCAGUUGGCUCAUCACGACGAGACAGCAGCGCUGGAAGUGAAGCUCCCAGCUCCACCGCUACUACCGUGGACUACGCUAGCGUUCGUCCUGUCAACGCUGCUGAUAUCUUCGAUUGGACUUCCCAGAUUUGGACCGCCCUCUCAAAAGAAGUCGGCCGUACUUACAAUGCAAUUGAAUACACUGGUCCCGCUGAUGCGAAGUCUGCCAUUUUCGCUUUUGGCUCCACCGGUGUGUUUGUCGAUGCGUUGUCCCAGACCGGUACCAACAGCGAGCUUGAGAAUGUUGGUCUGAUUACUGCUCGUCUUUACCGUCCCUGGAUUGGUGGCCAGAUUGUGAACUCUAUUCCUCAAUCUGUUGAGAAGAUCGCCGUUCUUGAGCAGGUUCGCAAGACUACCAAGUGGGGUCCCUCAUUCAUGGAUUUGCUUUCUAGCUUGACCCCUUCUACCGUUCGCGGACAGGCGCCGAAGAUCGUUGGAUACCGCCUCGGAUUUGUUGAGCCUUCCACAGCUGUUCAGGCUCUGCGUGGGAUUGUUCAGAACCUCAAUGCUCCAUCCCCCAUUCAGAAUUUGGAUAUUGGAAGCUCCAAGGCUCCCGCCCCUCAGCCUGCCCUUGAGCAGCCCCGCAUUGAGAAUGCUUACCUUAAGAUUCUCAACCAGCUCUUUGGAGAGAGACUCUACAUUGCCAAUCAGAUUGACGCCAAGGAUGCCGGUAUCUCUUCUACUAUUGCCGCUAGCCCUGAAUAUGGUUUCGGAUCUCUUCUUGCCCGCAAGGAACACCGUGUCCGCUUCAUCAAGGAAGUUGAGAAGGCCACCACAUCUACCACCUUUGCCACUGAUACCCCUAAGACCUGGCUGUCUCGAUGGGCUUUGAGCGCCAACGAGAGCGCCAAGGCUAACAAGAUCGCCCCCGAUGUUAUUGCUCGUCUUUCUAACGAUGGCUCUCAACUUUCUCGUGACCUUCUUCAGUCCAAGAAGCUUUUCUACGAUGAGUCUCAAUGGCUCGUCGGCUCCGAUGCUUGGGCUUACGAUCUUGGAAACUCCGGUGUUCACCAUGUUCUCGCUUCCGGUGCUAAUGUCAACAUGCUGAUCAUUGAUUCCCAACCUUACUCUGAGCGCAGCGCAGCGGAUCCAACUCGCCGCAAGAAGGACAUUGGUCUUUACGCCAUGAACUUCGGCAAUGCCUACGUUGCUUCCACUGCUGUUUACAGCUCAUACACCCAGGUGCUUCAGGCUAUGGCCGAGGCCGAGCAGUUCAAGGGUCCCUCUGUUGUCGUUGCUUACCUCCCCUACAACCAGGAGAACGACUCUGCGCUCACUGUUCUUCAAGAGACCAAGAAGGCUGUUGACCUUGGAUACUGGCCAUUGUACCGCUGGAACCCUGAGAACGAGGAGAAGGGCGAGCCUAAGUUCGCCCUGGAUUCCGAGCGUAUUAAGCGUGAGCUGGAGGAGUUCCUUCGUCGGGACAACCAGCUUACCCAGCUCAUGAACCGUCAGCCCAAGUACGCACCUGUUCUUUCUGAGUCUUACGGCUCCGAAGUUCGCGCCUUGCAGAAACGUACAGCCAAGGAUUCAUACGAGAAGCUUCUGGAUGGCCUCUUCGGUGCCCCUCUUACCAUUCUCUUUGCCUCUGAUGGUGGCAAUGCUCAGACCAUCGCCAAGCGUCUUGGUAACCGCGGCCGUGCUCGUGGUCUCAAGACAAUGGUUAUUGCCAUGGAUGAGUACCCUAUUGAGGAUUUGGCCACUGAGGAGAACGUGGUGUUCAUUACCAGUACUGCUGGCCAGGGUGAAUUCCCUGUCAAUGGUCGUUCCCUGUGGGAGCAUGUUAAGAACACUGGCGAUCUCGAUCUGUCAUCUAUCCACUACACUGUUUUCGGUCUGGGUGAUAGCCACUACUGGCCCCGCAAGGAGGACCGUAUCUACUACAACAAGCCCGCCAAGGACCUCGAUGCCCGUGUCGCUUUCUUGGGUGGUCGCAAGAUGAUUGAUACUGGUCUUGGUGAUGACCAGGACCCAGAUUCUUACCAGACUGGUUACUCCGAGUGGGAGCCCCGUCUGUGGCAAGCUAUGGGAGUUGACAAGGUCGAGGGUCUACCUGAGGAGCCCGCACCCAUAACCAACGAGGAUAUCAAGAUCCAGUCAAACUACCUGCGUGGUACCAUUACCGAAGGUCUUUUGGAUGAGACUACUGGUGCUAUUUCUGCUAGCGAUGCCCAGCUCACCAAGUUCCAUGGUACCUACAUGCAAGAUGACCGUGAUAUUCGUGAUGAGCGCAAGGCUCAAGGCCUUGAGCCCGCCUACAGCUUCAUGAUUCGUUGCCGUCUUCCCGGUGGUGUCGCUACUCCUAAGCAGUGGCUGCAGAUGGAUGCCAUUAGCAGCUCGCAUGGUAAUGAGACUAUGAAGCUCACAACCCGUCAAACCUUCCAGUUCCACGGUGUCAUUAAGAGCAAGCUCCGUGGUGCUAUGCAGGCCAUUAACCAGUCUCUGAUGGACACUAUCGCUGCUUGUGGUGACGUGAACCGUAACGUCAUGUGCAGUUCUCUUCCUGAGCUCUCCGAGUUCCACCGUGAGACCUGGGUUUGGUCCAAGAAGAUCAGUGAACACCUCCUUCCUUCGACUACUGCCUACCAUGAGAUUUGGCUCAAGGACGAUGCCGACAACAAGGUCCAAGUUGCUGGAGAUGCUGUUGUUGACCACGAGCCCCUCUACGGCCCUACCUAUUUGCCCCGCAAGUUCAAGAUCACAAUCGCUAUUCCCCCUCACAACGAUACUGAUGUCUACGCUCAUGAUAUUGGUCUGAUUGCUAUCAAGGGUGCUGACGGUCACCUGGAGGGUUUCAAUGUCCUGGCUGGUGGUGGUAUGGGUUCCACACACAACAACACCAAGACAUACCCCCAGGUUGGUCGUAUGUUUGGUUUCAUCCCCAAGGACCAGAUCCACAUUGCUUGCGAGAAGAUCAUGCUUGUGCAGCGCGACAACGGUGACCGCAAGAACCGUAAGCACGCUCGUAUGAAGUACACCAUUGACGAUAUGGGUGUUGAGGUCUACAAGAGCAAGGUCGAGGAGCUGAUGCCCGAGGGUCUCCGCUUCGCCGAGCCCCGUCCCUUCAAGUUCGCCUCCAACGUCGAUACAUACGGCUGGCUGAAGGAUGAGAAGGGUCUUAACCACUUCACUUUCUUCAUCGAGAACGGUCGUAUCGAGGAUACCGCCGACUUCAAGAUGCGUACUGGUCUCCGCGAGAUCGCAUCUCUUGGAAAGGGAGAGUUCCGUCUCACCGGUAACCAGCACUUGAUCAUGUCCAACAUCACUAAUGAGGAUCUUCCUCUCAUCAAGGAGUACAUGGCCAAGUACAAGCUUGACAACACUGCUUUCUCCGGACUUCGUCUGUCUUCUUCAGCCUGUGUUGCCUUCCCCACUUGCGGUUUGGCCAUGGCUGAGUCUGAGCGUUACCUCCCCGUCCUCAUCUCCAAGCUCGAGGACACUCUUGAGGAGAACGGCCUCGCUCGGGAUAGUAUUGUCAUGCGUAUGACCGGUUGUCCCAACGGUUGUGCUCGCCCCUGGCUUGCCGAGGUUGCCUUCGUCGGUAAGGCCUUCGGUGCUUACAACAUGUACCUGGGUGGUGGCUACCACGGACAGCGUCUGAACAAGCGUUACCGCUCCUCCAUCAAGGAGGAUGAGAUCCUUGAUAUCAUGAAGGACCUCCUCAAGCGCUACUCUAAGGAGCGCAACACCGACGGCGAGACCCCCGAGCGCUUCGGUGACUGGUGUAUUCGCGCCGAUGUCAUCAAGGCAACCACCGAUGGAACCAACUUCCACGAGGGCAUUGCCGAAGAUGAAGAAGAGGAAGAAGAGUAG